CCCCCCCCCCCACUGCCCACCCCCCAGCGCACCUGCCCGGCCUGUGGAAAGAGAAGAAGACGUCGCCACCGCCACAGCCUCGGUGCCCGGGGGGCUGUUCAGAGCAGCGGCCCCGGGCUCAUCAAGAGAAGCCGCCUCCGCUCGUCCAUGAGCAUCACGGCUCCAACGCUCCGCUCUGGCAGGGACGAGCCGGCUGCAGGAGCGGCGGCGGCGGCGGCGGCGGCGGGAGCAGCAUGUGGACCCCAACGGAGGAGGAAAAAUACGGCGUGGUUAUAUGCAGCUUCCGAGGGCCUGUACCACAAGGUUUGCUUCUAGAACUAGGAGAAACUGUCCAGAUCCUGGAGAAAUGUGAAGGAUGGUACAGAGGAGUUUCAAUUAAGAAGCCAAAUGUAAAGGGGAUCUUUCCUGCUAACUAUAUUCACUUGAAAAAGGCACUUGUCAGUAACAGAGGGCAGUAUGAAACUGUUGUUCCACUUGAGGAUUCCGUUAUUACUGAAGUUACAGCAACACUCCAGGAAUGGGCUGUCCUCUGGAAGCAGUUGUAUGUGAAACAUAAGAUAGACCUUUUCUACAAACUGCGUCAUGUGAUGAAUGAACUAAUUGAUCUUCGCAGACAAUUACUGUCGGGUCACUUGACCCAGGACCAAGUACGAGAAGUCAAGAGACAUCUAACUGUACGACUGGACUGGGGUAAUGAGCAUUUGGGUUUGGAUCUUGUUCCACGGAAGGACUUUGAGGUGGUGGAUUCAGAUCAGAUCAGUGUUUCUGAUCUAUACAAAAUGCAUUUAUCCAGUAGGCAUAGUGUACAACAGAGCACAUCACAGGUAGAUACAAUACGCCCACGUCAUGGAGAGCCAUGCCGUUUGCCAGUACCUCACCAUUUCUUUCUCAGUCUAAAGAGUUUCACUUAUAAUACUAUUGGAGAGGAUGCAGAUGUGUUCUUUUUUUUGUAUGACGUUCGAGAAGGGAAGCAGAUCAGUGAAAGAUUUCUGGUAAGGUUAAACAAAAAUGGGGGGCCCAAGAAUCCAGAUAAGAUUGACCGAAUGUGUGCACUUUUCACAGAUCUCAGCAGCAAGGAUAUGAAGAAAGAUUUGUAUAUAGUUGCUCAUGUAAUUCGGAUAGGACGUAUGUUGAUAAAUGAUUCAAGGAAGGGUCCCUCUCAUCUGCAUUACCGACGUCCAUAUGGCUGUGCAGUAUUGAGUAUCAUGGAUGUAAUUCCAUCAAUCUCUGAAUUAAAAGAAGAAAAGGAUUUUGUUCUCAAAGUUUACACGUGCAACAAUGAGAAUGAAUGGUAUCAGAUCCAUGAAAACAUCAUUCGCAAGUCCAGCACCAAAUAUACAGCCCCCAGUUCAAACUACGGACUUAUCAUUUCUCUUCAGCUUCUUCGGGGAGAAAUGGAACAGAUUCGAAGGGAGUAUCCUAUGAUCUUUAACAGAGGGGUGGCUAUUACCAGAAAAAUAGGUUUCCCGGAUGUCAUCAUGCCUGGUGAUAUACGCAAUGACUUGUACCUGACUUUAGAGAAGGGGGACUUUGAGAGAGGUGGAAAAAGUGUGCAGAAGAAUAUUGAAGUUACAAUGUAUGUUCUUUAUGCAGAUGGAGAGAUUCUAAAGGACUGCAUCAGCUUAGGCUCAGGAGAACCAAGCAGGAGUCUAUACCAUUCCUUUGUUCUCUAUCACAGUAAUAGCCCUCGUUGGGGAGAAAUAAUCAAACUGCCCAUUCCCAUAGACAGGUUCCGUGGCUCUCACCUCCGUUUUGAGUUCAGGCACUGUUCCACAAAAGAUAAAGGAGAGAAGAAGCUUUUUGGCUUUUCAUUUACACCAUUAAUGAGGGAUGAUGGCACCACACUAUCUGAUGAUAUUCAUGAGCUUUAUGUUUAUAAGUGUGAUGAAAACAGCACAUUCAAUAACCAUGCAUUAUACCUGGGUCUGCCAUGCUGCAAAGAGGACUAUAAUGGUUGUCCCAACAUCCCUUCAAGCCUGAUUUUCCAGCGCAGCACCAAAGAGUCUUUUUCAAUCUCUACCCAGCUCUCUUCUACCAAACUCACCCAGAACGUGGACCUGCUUGCUCUCUUAAAAUGGAAGGCUUAUCCAGAUCGUGUAAUGGAUAUCCUAGGAAGACUGAGGCAUGUCAGUGGUGAAGAAAUUGUUAAGUUCCUGCAGGAUAUUCUGGAUACAUUGUUUGUGAUUUUGGAUGACAAUACAGAGAAAUAUGGACUGUUGGUCUUUCAGUCUCUGGUUUUCAUAAUAAAUCUCCUGCGCGACAGCAAAUAUUUUCAUUUUCGGCCUGUAAUGGACACUUACAUUCAAAAGCAUUUUGCAGGAGCACUGGCAUAUAAAGAACUGAUCCGAUGUUUGAAAUGGUACAUGGAUCGAUCUGCUGAGCUUGUUCGACAGGACCAUAUUCAGGAGGCAAUGAGGGCCUUGGAAUAUCUUUUCAAGUUUAUUGUACAGUCUCGGAUCCUUUACUCCAGAGCAACUUGUGGAAUGGAGGAAGAACAGUUCAGAGCCAGCAUCCAAGAACUUUUUCAAUCUAUCAGAUUUGUGCUCAGCUUGGACAGCAGAAGCUCAGAGACUCUAAUCUUCACACAGGCUGCUCUAUUGAAUUCCUUCCCUGCGAUUUUUGAUGAGCUACUGCAGAUGUUCACAGUACAGGAAGUAGCAGAAUUUGUGAGAGGAACUCUUGGGAGCAUGCCCAGUACAGUGCAUAUUGGACAAUCUAUGGAUGUUGUUAAACUGCAGUCUAUAGCACGUACUGUAGACAGUCGCUUGUUUUCUUUCUCAGAAUCCCGACGUAUCUUAUUACCUGUGGUUCUUCAUCAUAUUCAUCUUCACCUGAGACAGCAAAAAGAGUUGCUUAUCUGCUCUGGGAUUCUCAGCAGUAUUUUCUCCAUCAUCAAAACUAGCUCUUUGGAGACAGAUGUAACUGAGGAGGUAGAGAUGAUGGUAGAGAGCCUCCUGGAUGUACUUUUACAGACUCUUCUUACUAUUAUGAGUAAAUCGCAAUCUCAGGAGGCGGUAAGAGGGCAGCGUUGCCCACAGUGCACAGCUGAAAUCACAGGAGAGUAUGUGUCCUGUCUUCUGUCCCUACUUCGCCAAAUGUCGGAUACUCAUUUCCAACAUUUACUGGAAAAUUUCCAGAGUAAGGAUGAACUGAAGGAAUUCCUGCUGAAGAUUUUCUGUGUAUUUCGGAACCUAAUGAAGAUGAGUGUCUUUCCCCGAGACUGGAUGGUGAUGCGGUUGCUCACUAGCAAUAUAAUAGUUACAACAGUUCAGUACCUAUCCCCUGCACUACAUAAGAAUUUCACAGAAACAGACUUUGAUUUUAAGGUCUGGAAUUCCUAUUUCAGUUUGUCAGUUUUAUUUAUAAACCAGCCCAGCCUCCAGUUGGAAUCUGUUACUCCGGCCAAACGUAAAAAGAUUCUGGACAAAUAUGGGGAUAUGCGGGUCAUGAUGGCAUAUGAACUGUUCAGCAUGUGGCAGAAUUUAGGUGAACAUAAAAUUCACUUUAUUCCGGGAAUGAUUGGCCCUUUUCUUGGUGUCACCCUGGUCCCACAGCCAGAGGUCCGGAACAUCAUGAUCCCAAUUUUUCAUGACAUGAUGGAUUGGGAGCAGAGAAAAAAUGGCAACUUCAAACAGGUGGAAGCAGAGUUGAUUGAUAAACUGGACAGCUUGGUGUCAGAAGGAAAAGGAGAUGAGAACUAUCGAGAAUUAUUCAGUCUGCUAACCCAGCUCUUUGGGCCAUACCCAAGUUUGCUGGAAAAGAUUGAACAGGAGACUUGGCGGGAGACGGGCAUAUCUUUUGUAACAUCGGUUACUCGCCUAAUGGAGCGCCUCCUUGACUACAGGGACUGUAUGAAAGGAGAUGAAACAGAGAACAAGAAAAUUGGUUGCACAGUUAAUCUGAUGAACUUUUAUAAGUCUGAAAUCAACAAAGAGGAGAUGUAUAUCCGCUAUAUUCACAAAUUGUGUGAUAUGCACUUGCAGGCUGAAAACUACACAGAGGCUGCAUUUACAUUGCUCCUAUACUGUGAGCUGCUUCAGUGGGAGGACCGGCCUCUUCGGGAGUUCCUUCACUAUCCAUCCCAGACAGAGUGGCAACGUAAGGAAGGUCUUUGUCGGAAGAUUAUCCACUAUUUUAAUAAAGGAAAGAGCUGGGAAUUUGGAAUCCCAUUAUGCAGGGAGCUGGCUAUUCAGUAUGAAAGCUUAUAUGAUUAUCAGAGCCUCAGCUGGAUUCGGAAAAUGGAAGCUACCUAUUAUGAUAAUAUAAUGGAACAACAACGACUGGAACCUGAAUUUUUCAGAGUUGGUUUUUAUGGGAGGAAAUUUCCCUUCUUUCUACGGAAUAAAGAGUAUGUUUGUCGGGGCCAUGAUUAUGAAAGACUGGAGGCCUUCCAACAAAGAAUGCUUAGUGAAUUCCCACAGGCCAUUGCGAUGCAACACCCAAACCACCCAGAUGAUAGCAUACUGCAGUGUGAUGCCCAGUAUUUGCAGAUCUAUGCAGUGACUCCCAUUCCUGAUAAUAUUGAUGUUCUGCAAAUGGACCGUGUUCCUGAUCGCAUAAAGAGCUUUUAUCGAGUUAACAAUAUCAGAAAGUUCCGCUAUGACAGGCCUUUCCAUAAAGGCCCAAAAGACAAGGAAAAUGAAUUUAAGAGCUUGUGGAUUGAACGCACCACUCUAACACUGACUCACAGUUUACCUGGGAUCUCUCGGUGGUUUGAAGUAGAGAGAAGAGAACUGGUUGAAGUAAGUCCUUUGAAAAAUGCCAUUCAAGUAGUGGAGAACAAAAACCAGGAGCUAAGAACACUGAUAAGCCAGUACCAACACAAACAAAUGCAUGGCAACAUCAAUCUACUCAGUAUGUGCCUGAAUGGAGUUAUUGAUGCUGCUGUAAAUGGUGGCAUAGCACGGUAUCAGGAGGCCUUUUUUGAUAGAGAUUAUAUCACCACUCAUCCUGGAGAUGCAGAAAAAAUCACACAGCUGAAAGAACUGAUGCAUGAACAGGUACAUAUACUAGGAGUAGGUCUGGCAGUGCAUGAAAAAUUUGUACAUCCCGAGAUGCGCCCCCUACAUAAGAAAUUAAUUGACCAGUUCCAGAUGAUGCGAUCCAGUUUGUACCAUGAAUUGCCUGCAUUGGAUAAACUGAGUCCAGCCUGUUCAGGUACUAGCACACCACGCAGCAGUAUGCUUAUAUCACAUAGUCCUAUGAGUCCAGAGAGCAUCAAACUGGUUCAUCGCCACAGCCCAUUGAACAUGCUGGGUACAGUCCGACAUUCAUCAUCAUCCCUUUCUUCCCAUACAUCAAGUGAAACAGGAAAUCUGGUUAUCCUAACAGACAGCUCUAUUGGAGAAACUGCAGAGGACAUAUACCACAUGCAGGCCAGUCCUUCGACCUCAAGCCUAAGCUCUACCCAUUCAGCACCAUCUCAGAUGAUUAACUCUGCUCCUUCUAGUGCACGAGUGCUGAUGAAAGGUGCUGGAUUGACAACACUGGAGGCUGAAGCCCUCUAUUUAUCCACAGAACAGAUACAGCAUGGGCGGCAGCAGUGCAAGCUUCCCCACACUGCCCCCACCAAUGUGCCUCAUCUCUGUCCUGGAGGGACCACCUCUAGAGGCUCUCCCUCUCUACCAGAUAAGUACCGCCAUAAUCGGGAGCUGAUGAUGCUACUCCCAACACAUCGGGACCGGCCUAGCAGUGCUAUGUACCCUGCAGCUAUCAUGGAAAAUGGACAGCACCCGAAUUUCCAGCGAGCCUUGCUCCAGCAAGUGAUUGGACCAUGCAAACCCUGCAGUGAUCCUAAUCUGUCUGUUGCUGAGAAAGCUGUUCCAGCAGCACCAAGCAGCUGGAGUCUGGACAGCGGCACCAGAGAGGCCUUGCCAUUCCUGUCUGCUCAUGUUGGGAGCAUCCUGGCCCCACCAGUACCUCCCCGAAGCCUACCCCAUGGUCACUACUCACUGCAUUUUGAUGCCUUCCAUCACCAUCUUAAUGAUGCCCCUCCAGCACUGCCUGCACGAACGCUGCGCAAGUCACCUCUGCACCCAAUUCCUGCAUCACCCACAAGUCCUCAGUCUGGCCUUGAUGGAAGCAACUCUACCCUUUCAGGCAGUGCCAGCAGUGGAGUAUCCUCAUUAAGUGAAAGUAACUUCGGGCACUCAUCUGAGCCCCCUCCUCGAACAGACACUAUGGAUUCUGUCCCUAGCCAGGCCUGGAAUACUGAUGAAGACUUAGAGACACCCUACCUCCCUGUCAGGUACAGUCUCUCAGAGCCUGAUGUUCUGGAAACACUCAAAUCCCAACCGUGCCGAAGCCACUCUGCUCCUUCUGGAGUAAUCCCUCAGGACACUAUGGACCCUCCAGCUCUUCCCCCUAAACCAUAUCACUCCCGCCUCCCAAACAUGGAGAAUGAGGAGGGAAUGAUGGAAGAGGAAGAAAAGCACCGGGCACUGCAUCGUAAAAUCUCCCAUCCAACUGGUGGUGCAAAAGAGGAACAGGCCAGGGUAGCCUGGGAACAUGGCAUCAGUGAGCAGUAAGCAAAACUAUGAGAGAGAAUAGUUUGCAUGAUCAUUCCAGGUCUAAGAAGCCAGAAGAGAAUCAUAUAGUAGGCUUCGGAGAAUAGAGUGAACCAGUUUAUACUCUGCUGCCAUGAGUUAAUGUCUGGAGCCAGAGACUGGGCCAGCAUGCGUGAUUGCUACUUUUCUUUUUAUUUAAUUUUAUACUGCUCAGAUUUUUAGUGGUUUGGGGUUUUGUCUAUUUUUUGCAGUGGGUGCUUCAUUCCUUCUACAGUUUAUCAGAUGGCAGGAAGUGAUGCAUAUGACAUUAGAUGUAGACGCAGAAAUGCAAAGGUAUUAGAAAUUUGAACUGGGGUGAAGCAUGAAAUUUUUACAAGCUUUCUUCCCACUCUUGAGAUGCGCACAAAUUGAAACAGUUGCACUAGGGUUGUUUCUUUGCUGUAAUAAGUGAAUGCUCAUUUUGAAUUCAGGGAUUCCACAAAGUGUCAAGUUAGGUGCACGGUUUAGAGGCAUUGUACAAGAAGAAACUAGAUCUUCCAGGUUUGAUGCCUAUAAACUACUUCACAGUGGUCGUAUUGGCUCAGGUGUGCCAAAACCACUGCUGACAGGCUUUCAUGUUGAUUUUAAGACAUGCCAUAGAGUAUUUGAUUUCUUGCUUUUUCCAAUGUCAUUGUCAUCUGUAUUUAUCAGUGCUAUAAUUUAAGAGAGAAUUAAAUUAUGAAACCAGUCAUGAAACCUAAGGGUCAGUCCUGGCAUUUCUGUGUCUAGUCAGGUUAUUGGCACCUGCAUAUUUAUUCUAGUUCAGGAGGCAGGAGAGCAGCUUAUGCCCUAACUGCUAGAGCGCCAAUGAAAGGAGGGCUGGAGUCCAUGCCUGGCCUUGGCCUCAAGACUGAGCAUAGUUCAAGCUGUUGUACUCUUCCAUCUCCCCAAAGCCUCUCACUGCUACUACACAACAACACCUUCAUCUGUUGCAGUGUCAUAGAAAUGCCAUAUUCUUCAAGAAAUGUCCACUGUGUAAACGCCACUAUGGAAAGGGGGAUUUUAAAGGUUGCCUACAGAAAACAAACAAACAAAAACAUUGCUUUGCUUCUUUUUAUAAAAAGGUCCUGAAAUAUUUACAAAGGAGAAGGCUAAAGGUGAGCUAAGGUACAGACAUAUAAAACUACAAUUGACUGGUGUGGAAUAUGGAAAUGAGACACUAUUUGUAUUUAUAUUCAAAAUGUAAAUGACAGCCAGUACAUGUCGUUAUUGUAUCUUUUAACCAGAGGAGCUGUGGAACAUACUGCCAUGACUUAUGUGGUAACCAGUAAUGAAAUUAACCUUGAAGAAGGUACUAGAAAGGGAAUAAACACAUAUAAAGCAAUAUGGUAAAGGUUAAAAAAUUAAAGACUAAUAAUUCAAGUAAAUAAAAUUAGAGUAUUGCAAGUUGAAGGGGCUUUAAUCAAGGAUUGCUUAUCACCUGUUCCAAUGAAUGGCAAACAACAACGAGCUGUCUUUGUUCAAACUCCAGUGUGGUUGCCCUACCUUCUAAGGGCUAAAAAACCAUGUUUAUGUUUAAACUUUUCAUAGUGAUCCUUCCAAUAUGGCACCAGACCAAGAAGCACAUUAUAAAUCUUCUUUCUUUUCUUUUUUUAACUGAAGAAGAAAUCAGAGCACAGAAAAUGUAAAGGACUGACCAACUUCUAAAGCAGCCUAUGAGAGAAAUGCAGAGAGAACUUAAAAGAGUCCUGAUUUCCCUGUCCAGUCAGAAGGGGAAAAUAUGGGGUUUUUUCCCCCCUAAACAAGUGAAGGGGACAGUGUGUUCUUUGGCUGGAAUUGCUAUUGUCUGGGAUAAGCUUCUUGGAGUUUUUUCUCAAGCACUUUCCAGUACAAAGCAUGUAAGGGUUCUGUCCAUAUGUUUUAACAAAGCAACAGGAUAUGAAAAGGUAUCAUUUGUUUUGUUUUUCAGCUUGCACUAGAUAGAAAUGACAUUUGCAUUCACUCUUUUUUUUGGCCCACAAGCACCAUUUCUUCCCACUAGAAGGGGUGGCUUUUUGGUGCCGCCAGAAGCAUAUCCUAGCAAGCACAAUUUAAAUGAGUAGAAAGGUAACUAUGGUUAUUUCUAUAUACAGUAGACAUACUUCAAGUUAGUCUUUGAAUGUCAAGCGUCCAGUCAGCAUCACUGUUACUCAGCUAAAGCUCCAGGGGAGUUGUUAAUUACCUUAAUACCUAAGAGAGCUGGUUUUGUGGUAGCAAGCAUGACCCCCCUUUGCUAAGCAGGGUCCUCUCUGGUUUACAUUUGAAUGGGAGACAUGUUUGAGUACUGUAAGAUAUUCCCCACAGGGGAUGGGGCCUCUCUGGGAAGAGCAUCUGCAUGCUUGCAUGCAGAAGGUUCCAAGUUCCCUUCCUGGCACCUCCAAGAGAGGGCUGAGAGAAACUCCUGCCUGCAGCCAUGGAGAAGCUGCUGCCAGUCUAUGUAGACAAUAGUGAGCUAGAUUCUCAAAUGGUCUGACUCAGUAUAAGGCAGCUUCCUAUGUUCCUAAAGUAUAACAACUUUUUGGCGUUUGAGAGCAUGUUUACUUAGACGUAAGUCCCAUCUGAUCAAUAUGGGACUUGCUCCCUAAAAGCUAUGCUGAGAGGAUUACAGCUGUAGUGUAGUGGAGAAGCUUUUGUUGUUAACUUGUUUUUAAGGCUUUUUCUAGAAGUCUUGUAGUGAAUUGUAAACAAAUAUCAGCAGCUUUCAUAAUCUCAUAGGCAUCAAGUUCCAUAGAAAGAGGCAAAUGUAGACAUAAGUUUACAAGGAUUUUAGGAACCAUCAUUUUCUAAAUUCAAAAUGGUUUGUGUGUUUUUAUUGGCUUUUUAAAGGGGGUUCUGUGUGUGUACGUGUGUGUAAGGAGACUACCAGCAUAUUUCAGCUGGUGAAUGUGAAACUAGACAUCAUAUGAAUCAGGGGCUACUAAGCAUAAUAAAAGUAUUAGUUCUGGGUUAUACAGAUGGAACUCCAGUUGCUACAUUGGGCAUUCUGUUCUAUAUUACUAAAGUUACUAGCUUUUCAGACUUAACCAGCACAAACAUCAUCGAGUUUGUGCUGAUAGGGCUUGGAAGGCAAAGUCCAUAAAACAAGCAUAGUAAUACCUUAUUUGGAUGCAGAUAAACAAAAUGAGAUGUAUUCUUUUUAGAUUAUUGGACAGCAAAAUAGCACACAUAAUCACGGUGCCUUGGGAAAAGGUAUAAACUGCUCUAAAGUAUAUGUUAUUCUUGCCCUCUGUCUAGAGGAGAAAACAAGGUCAAAGACAUUAGUGGUUGGGAAACAACAGGAAGAUUGGUGAUGGAAAUAACUGGAUCUUGUUGCCCAUAGCAAAGCUCUACGGAUUCCUUCUUUCCACACAUGUCCCCAUACUCACCUUUUCCCUUAUUUCUCCCAAUAAAAGCGAACUAAGUUGUAUCAUAGCUGAAGAAGAAGAAAAAGCAGGAAAUGUAGGGAGGGGAAAUUCUGUUGCUUAAAUUUUCUUCCUUUCAUGCUUCUGUAAAUAUCCCACUUGAAUGCUGUGUAUUUGUACAGGAAAAUGAGCAAAAAAUGUAUAGAUUGUGAUGUCUGACUGGUACUCUGCCCUGUAAAUGUGUUUUUAACCUCUGGCAAUCUGCUAUUAUUUUUUAAAAGUACAAAAACACAUACAAAAAAACCCACCCUCUAACCAGUUCUCUUUUUGUGUAUUCAUGUUCAAAAAACCUAUAUUAAUUGUAAGGGGGAUGCAAACUUAAAGGAAAACAAAAAAAUUUGUACCGGAGUUCUAAAGAUACUUAAUUGUAUAUAUUGUGAUAGCAUGUUUCUGGAAUCAACAAAUAAGUGAUGUGGAUUUUAGGUGUAAAUAUCUGCUGUUUUGUUUUGGGAUUUUCUCUUCCCUUCCCCAUUCACUCAACUGCUGUGAUGUGGAAUUAAAGAUUAAUACCUGAUAUUAAAGCGCUGAGCAGAUGUACUCUCUAAGGUACCAAUGAGAUGUUUAUUCAGGUGCCCCAAUGCAUCUUCCCAGAUUUUAUGCUUAGUAAAACUAGAGGAUGUCCUUUAUAUCCUGCAAAUCUCAUCCUGCCCCCACUGCAGGCAAUUCAAAUGAAAUUACACAUCAAGGAGUUUGGGGUAGAAAACUACAGUACUGAAAAAACAGGAAAGUGAGAAAUUGCUGGAGUCCAUCAUAGGAAAAUAUAUCUGAUUAUCUAUUCUUAAGUGACCCCGUUUUACUCAGCCAUAUUAAACCCAUUCUAAGAAUGCUGUCCCCAAAUCUAUAUAUUUCACGUUUUAGAAAUUCACUGUUGUCAGUAAUCCCUAAAGAGAGAGUGGAAAAGUGUUGAAAGGGGGGAAAGAGCGGCUGCUGCUGCUGCUGCUGCUGCUAGUUAACUGCUGACUGAAACAGACUUUAGUCUGGCUCCAUGAGACCCAGGAAGAGGUAGAGUAAGCUCUUGUCUGAUGAAGUGAAAGCCCUUACUGAAACAGUCUUGUAGAUUCUCAGUGUCUUAACUAGUUUCCAUGAUACUCCAAUAUUCUGUAGUGGCCAAUUUACAAUGCAAGUCCAGACUUCUGGAAACAGCUUAGGCCUGCCUUCAUCUAUUGCCAAGCAAGGGUUAUGUCCAUGCUGCCUUAGAUUCCACUCCCAUUGGUCCAGAAAUAUGCUUACCACAGAUCUGUAGCCAUAGCAUUCAUUUCCAGCAUCUUCUAGAAGAAAGCAGCUUCUAGAGAUGGGCUUGUAGAGUAAGCAACAUUUUCCUCAUCCACAGAAAAGUAGGUUGUCCACUGUAUAGGAAGCAGGGAGGACAGGUGAAGUCUCCCUUCACACUCAUGGAGAAUUAUUCAAUACCGCAAAGAGAACUUAUUGUUGAUUCGUGCAAUUGCUGAAAAUCAUAUGCAUACAAAGCACAACUGUGGAAAAUAGGUUUCAUAGUAUUGUGCACAAUUAUCUUGGGAAUCAGAUAGAAUGAAUGAAGGCUAGGGAUGGAAGAAAAGCCACAAUAGCUCAACCUGUGCACAGCAAAUGAUGGCAUAGUCAAUGGUUAAAUAAGGAUUUCUGCCUCAGCAUGUUUUUGUAAUUUUGUUAAGCUUUACAGGAAAAUCAGUGUGGUAAGGGUAGAGUGUUGGGGUAGUAGCUGAGAGAUCCACGUGUAAGUUCCUGUUCUUCCAAGAGGCUUGCUGGAUAGCCUUGGGGAAGUCAUACACUCUCAAUCUAACCUAACUAGGGUGGUUGCGGGGACCAUUCCAGACAAUCAUAUUGCACAAUAAACAGAUAGUUAGCUGCAGGACAUCAGAUAUCUUUCCUCCAGUUAGCAUAUAUGUUGCGUAGAAAUCACACUUCCCCAGCACUCAGAAUAGCAAUAGUUCCUAGGAAAAUGCAGUGUCCCUCCCUGCCCCCGCAUUAAAAUAGUGGGUGCUGUAUAAGAUGAUGUUGUGCAUGUGUCAUAAGCACUUAUUGGACAGUGUCUCUAUGACAUCACUGGUGAUGAGCAACACAACUCCUCCCUCACUGCCUGUGCCACUUUGCUUGAGAUUUUUUAACAUCUGCAAAGGCUGGGCAUUCCCCCACUAUACCACUCAAAUGUGAGUGCUUUCCUAAAGCCUUUUAAACCCUAUUUAUUUUUAUUUUUCUCCUUUGUUAUUUAUUUCAACAUUUUGAUUCUGAGGAAAGAUAUAUUUGUUGCAUUUGUAUAUUAUUACUGACUUGUGAAUAUUGUCUAUUUUAAUGCUGUUGAAUGUAUAGAUUAUUUAAUCAUAUAUAAUUGUAAUUCUGUUAAAAUUAUGAAAAAUUAAUAAAAACAUUUCAAAAAAGUAAA